CCUUGCUGACCUUUCUCUUCCAAACUUUCUUUGACUUCGUUACACAAACACGAUCAUGCCAGUGCCUCUCAAGUUCAACGACAAUGUUGGCGAGACGAUUCCCGCAGACACUCCCCAUGCAGUCAGUGUGUCUCUUCCGACAUGGGCGGCCAACGUAGGAUACGAAGAGGGCCAGAAAUGGGUCAUGGACAAGAUGAAGUGUGGUUACCCCCGAUUCUUCAUUCACAAGAGCAUCGACCGUCUCGCCACUGAAAUCGUCAAGCGCCAUGGCAACCCAUCACAAAAGGCCAUGCUGUUCCCCACUCACAAGGUCGCCAAUCGUUGUCUUGAAUUCAUGCAUCGCAUGGCUCCCGAUUCACAAGGCUCCGCUCGUGUCAUCGACUUUGUACCGAACUCGAAGACGGAAUCGCAUGACGAGUCGCAACGCGUUCUACCCCGUCUCUCCGCCGUCCUCUACCCCGCCGAGCAUUGGCCCGUCGCAAAGCAAGUUUGGCAACACAGCGGUGAUGGUGUAUCCAGCAGAAGAGCAGAGUUCCUCGAGAAGCAUCUCCUCGAUGGCACCAUGGUCGACAAGGCUUCCAUCUACGACAAGCCGCGCAAGGGUCCUCGCCGAUACCAACGCCAGAUGUCAAUUGACACUCCCCACCAAUCACCCCCCUCCGAGAACGACGACAAGGACGGUACCGACCCCUUCGCUUUCGUCGAGGAACGCUUCGGUCGCAACUUGAACGUCCAAUUCGCAAAACAAGCAAAGCUUGCCAUCCGCCGUCGCAUUGCUGGAUCCUUGACUUCAGAUGUCGACUUGCAGGAGGCUUUGAAACACCCCGAAGAUGUCGAGCGUACUAGAAGUGCCGAAGGUUUCUCGGUCGAUGAUGUAUUCCUUUACCCCACAGGAAUGAGUGCCAUCUUCAACACGCAUCGCAGCAUGAUGGCAAUCCGCCCCAAGAACAAGAGCAUCAGUUAUGGUUUCCCAUACGUCGACACAUUGAAGAUUCUGGAAAAGUGGGGUCCUGGCGCUCUCUUCUACGGCAACGGCGAGCAAGACGAUCUGGAUGACCUGGAGAAGCGUCUCGAGUCUGGUGAGCGCUUUCUCGGUCUGUUCUGCGAGUUCCCCAGCAACCCGUUGUUGAAGUGUCCCAACUUGCAACGCAUUCGUCAAUUGGCCGACAAGUACGACUUUGCUGUUGUCAUCGACGAGACCAUCGGCAAUUUCUUGAACGUCCAUGUCUUGCCGUACGCCGAUGUCGUUGUAAGCAGUUUGACCAAGGUCUUUUCAGGAGAUAGUAAUGUCAUGGGAGGAUCUGCCAUCUUGAACCCCGCAGGUCGUUACUACGACACCUUGAAGAAAUACCUAGCUCAGGACUACGAGGACAACUUCUUCGAGGAAGACGCCAUGUUCCUCGAACGCAACAGCAGAGACUUUGUGGUCCGCAUCGCCCGUAUUAACACCAACGCCGAGGCCAUCUGCGAAGUCUUGAUGCAACAUCCUCGCAUCAAGCAAGUCAACUACCCCAAGCACGCACCGACGAGAAAGUACUAUGAUGCAUGCAGACUACCCAAUGGUGGGUAUGGAGGCCUGCUAUCUGCGACAUUUCACUCCAUGGACGAUGCUAUGGUCUUCUAUGAUAAUCUGGACACAGCAAAGGGGCCUUCAUUGGGCACGAAUUUCACUCUCAGCUCACCCUUUGCCCUACUAGCACAUUACACCGAGCUCGACUGGGCUGCCAGCUUUGGUGUCGAGGCCAACCUUGUUCGUUUCAGUGUUGGUCUUGAAGACACUGAAGCUCUGAAGAAGGUCUUCCAGACUGCACUCGAUGCUAUAAUUGAAUCCGACACCAACGGCAAUGGAGUGCAGGCAUAACUGCCGGAAUCAUUGACUGCUUAUCCCGAGGCUGAGGGAAUACAUUUGAACAUACAGCUGGCAUACACGAGUGGUUUGAGUUUUGUACAUAUUUGGAGCGAAAAAGCAUUAACGUUUAUAUGAGAAUGAACACAAGUUUCAAAGAUG